AUGGCUUCCGUACAACGCUUGAAAAAUUUGCCAUUAAUUUUCACUCUCUUCUUGUUAUGCCGAAUAAUAUCUAGCGAAGAGAGUUCACUGACAAUCGAACUACCGGACAAAGAGAAAUGGUGUUUUAAUCACGAAUUCUCGAAAGCGGCGCCAUACAUCUUCUACUUUAAGGUUAUACGAGGAGGCAACAAUGAUGUUGACGUGAAAGUGAUGACCCCAAACGGUCGCGUGAUUUACAACGAGAAACGCCAAAAUAACGGUCGAGUCGAGAUGGACACCACCUCAAGAGGAGCCUACGAGUUCUGCUUCAGUAAUGACUUCUCCACGUUAACCCAUAAAGUGGUAUUCUUUAGCAUUCGAUCAGAAGAGGUGGAAAAUCUCGCCGUAGAGAAAGGAGAGAGAAAACCUUACGUGCCGACGGCUACAGAGGCAGCCUGUGACAACAUCCACGCAAGUAUGGUCGGUGUUGUAGAGAAUCAGAAGGAAUACCGGCUCAAGGAAGCCAUCGGGCGACAUUUAGCGGAAGUACUUAAUACGCAUGUGCUGUGGUGGUCGAUUGGUCAGACAGCAGUGAUUUUCUUAGCCGGAGUCGGACAGGUUCUUGUGCUUAAAACAUUUUUCACUGAAAACCUGAAAUCUAGCAAACCAGUAGAAAAUCCACAAUUUGGUUUCCCUAGGAAUUAA